AUGGGUCUGAUCAUUUAUGCAAUUUUUGUAUCCUAUGAUGGAGGGCCUGAAUACAUUACGAAUGAAUAUAUUGGGAUUUGGAUGAGUGGAGUAUUGCUGAGUGUGAGUGGGCAAUUAAUUUAUUUAAUUAGUAAGCCACCUGAUCGUGAUCAGAAGAAGAAAUGGUCGGAUAGGAUAUUGUUUGCAAUGAAUGGAUUGUAUUUUGGUUUAAUGUUGGUGAUGAGUUUAGUGAUCAUGAUUGGAUAUUCAAUGUAUGGAUUGAGAGUGGAUUUGAUUGUGUGUUCAGUGUUGAUUUUCUCUAUUGGAUUGUUGAGCUUUGUAGUUGUGAUAUUGAGAUGGUUUGCCAGAGGAAUGGUUCCAUGUGAUUGUUGUUAUGAAAUGGAAGACGAUGAUGAUAACGUUAGUGCAUCACAUCCUCUAAUGUUUUCUUUCAAAAUGUCAGUGAAUAGAGAAAAACCGAAAAAGAGAAAUAAUUCAUGCUUGUUGAAUUGUGUGAAAUAUACAUGUUUAUUUGGAGUGAAUUCUGUGUUGAGGACUGUAUCAAUUGUGAUUUUAUUACUUCUCGCUUUUGGAGCUGUCAAUUUGGCAAAUAUUGUGAAUAUUUCAAAGAGAGGAAGAAUGGUAAAGGUAAAAUUGAAUGAUGGGUCUGAAAGAGUCCAGAAAAUUCAUUUGAUUUGUGACGGACCUAAAGAAUCAAAUCAAAGUUCCACUUUUAUAUUCGAGAGUGAUUUUUCACACAAUUAUGCAGAUUUUUCAGAUAUCCAAACUUACAUGACUCAACUUGGAAGAAGAUCAUGUAUUUUUGAUAAACCUGGGCUUGGAUUCUCAGAUUACCUAUUCAAAGAUCAAAAGAAUGUCUCUACCUUUUAUCAUAACUUUAUGCAGUCAAUAGGAGAACAGCCACCAUACAUUUUUGUUGGAUGGGGAGGAGGUGGUUCAAUAAUUUAUCAAUAUGCCAGAGAUCACCCUGAGAUGGUAAAGUCUUUGACCUUCUUGGAUGUUUUUCCAGAUGGAAUAGAAUUUACUUCAGCCAAAAUAUUGAAGAAACUAACAGAAUCAGAAUAUGAAGCAUUUAAAAAGAGUGAAUUGAAUUCUAGAAGGAGUAUUAUGAAUAUUGUGAAUGCUAUUGGAGUACCAUUAGGAAUUAUGCCUUUCAUUAUCGGUCCAAAUUCAAAUACAAGCAAUUCAAAUGAAAUUGCAUUCUGGAUGAGAACCGAAAAAACAUGGAUCACUCAAUCAAUUCUGUUUUUAACCUCAAUCUCCCUCAAAAUAUUCCCAUCAACCUGGUCAUUUCAAAACACAAUGAUAGCUGGGUUGAGCAAAACAAUUACCAGUGCAAAUCUUUUGGAAUAG